AUGGAUGAUUGGCACCCUAAGCGUGAACGCCUGCGCUUUUUCCCAUUGCUGGAAGUGCGCAUCGACGACUGGGCAGCAUCAGAGGAGCAGCUCCUCGCGGACGCCUUGCGCGUCGUGCACUCCGCCGUGACGCCGCAGAAGGUGCGCGACGAGGUGCAGAAGCUGCUGCGCGAGCUGUGGCAAGUGCUGGAGCAGCAGCGCUUAAGCGCCCUGCGGCUGGGUCAGCGGCUCCUGCGGCAACGCUCCGUGUUGGUGGCCACCUUCGGUCUAGAGGUUCUGCUGUUGUGCUCCGUGGACUUGUGGUUACUGAGCUUUCCGGAGCGAGAAGAUUUGCUGGAGCAGGUGCAACGCAUGCGCUGUGAAGCCACAUGGGAAGACAAGGCCAGCGCGGUGCUGCGCAGCCUACGAGAACAGGAUCAGAUCUUCAAACAGCGCUGUCACAGCGCCAGUUUGGCCGAGCCUUGGCCCCGCUGGUGGCCCCUGCCAAGGCCCACCUCCGACUGCGUCCUCCCCGGUGGAGUUCCCCGCGUGCAGACAGCACCAGGGCGGCGCCAAGCGAAGCGCAGGGAUGUCUUGAAGGAGCAGACGUUCCUUCCCGAAGACCAGCCGCGAAGAUAUCCACGAAGUUUUGAUUCCAUGCAAGUCUUGAAAUGGAAGUUUGAACUUCCGCACCGUUUUGAACAACUGUGA